AUGUCUCUUGGCCAACCCCACGGAGCGACGGGCAUAGCCAGCACGCGCUCUAAAAUCAGCAAGCCUGAAGUGCAACGAGCCAGGACAGGCUGUCUGACCUGUCGCCGCAAGCGCAGAAAGUGCGACGAGAUCAAGCACACAACCGAGAACGGCGAGUCCAAGUGUGCCUACUGCCUGUCCAACGGGCUUGCCUGCGAGUGGCCAGGGUUUAUCAACGUUGCGGACCAGCUGCUGAAGAAAAAACCUGCCAAACAGCAGCAUCGCAAGGAGCCGCAAGAGGCGCCAGAGCUGGCCAAGGUGCAGUGGCCAUUGUCGCCUGUGUCGUCGCUCAAUGACGACCAGCCCGUACUGAGCGCUGCGACGCCUCACCACAAACGGGUAUCGCCGCUUUCGUCGCUGCUCACGCCCACUCUACCGUCCAGAUUUCUUUCUCCGCCGCAAGUUCACCAGCCAAUUACUGAAAAAACGACUGUGCCGCCCGCAACCUCGCCGUUCCCAGAUUACACCUCGUUGACGGGGAUGUCAUCCGACCCGCUCAGCAUGGACGCGUUCAGCCAGAACUACCCGUCCACGCACGAAAACAGCUAUCUGGACCUGUCGCACAUCCUUCGCGAGUACAUGUACGUGAACGCGUUCACGACGAACUCGAAGCUGGAGCCGCUGCUGCCGAAGGAGGUGCUGACGGAGUAUUUUGUCAACGUGGAGAAGUUCUCCGUCAAGGACUUUGACGAGCCCGUGGUGCUCAAGCCGGAGCAGGAGAUUUUGCUGCUGAAGAAUUACGUGGAGAACGUGGGGGCAGGAAUGGACAUGUUCGACACCGACAAGACCAUGGUGCGCGUGAUCCCGCAGAAAAUGAAGAGCCGGCCGGCGCUGCGGUUCGCCGUGCUCGCUUUGUCGUCGCGCUGGUUCGACAGCAAGGUGGCCAACUACCCGAAGGGCCUGACCGUGUCGCUGUACCACGAGUCGCUGCGCCACCUCGCCCCCACGUACAACGACACCUCCAACGACAUCUACAUCAUCGUCACCUGCGUGAUCCUGUGUGUGUUUGAGAUGAUGAGCUCUGAGCCGCGCAACUGGAAGCAGCAUCUCGAGGGCUGUGUGCUGCUGCUCAAGAGCUACAACAUCACGGGGCUCGCCGUCGACAAGAUCGAGCGCGCCACGUUCUGGGUGUUUAUCCGCAUGGACGUUUGCCACUCGGUCAUCAACGAGUCCCCCACCAUUCUGCCGUCGGAGCACUGGGUGCUGCCCAACAUGACGGCCGAGGAGAUCGAAAAGGCGUUCGACACGCCAGAAAUGCACGGAAAUUACAUUGUCUAUCUGGCGUCGCUUGUGGUGAAUCUGGUGUACGGAGAGCAGGAAGACGACCAGUACAAGUCGAAGUGGCUGGACCUGUGGGUGCGGCUGCGACGGUGGGAGCAGAGCUUUGAGGACCUGUUCAGCAAGACGUACGAGGUGUACGACCCGAAGAUCGGGUUUCCACGGAUAUUCUUUGCCAACUCGCAGGCAAUCUCCUCCACGCAAAUGUACCACAUGUCGUGCAUUCUUAUGAUCCAGAACAAGCCACACUCGCUGCGGCUAUCGCAGCUUUCUGCGGAAAACUCAAUGUACCCGAGCGUAUCGAUGGUGUACCACGCGCGGCGGAUCAUAGGCAUCUCGAUCACGAAUUCGGACUACGGCGCCUACUCGAACUCGAUCCAGCCCCUGUACGUGGCGGGACUCAUACUGACGUCGCGCCAGGACUACGGCAUCCUGCUCAACGCGCUACACAACGUGGAGAAGUCCACCGGGUGGGCCACGCAGUGGCGCAUGAACGACCUGAUGAAGUUCUGGAGUAAAGGCGACUAG